UUUUUUUUUUCUUCUUACUGAUGUUUGCAGCUUCAAACGCGAUUAGUACACUUUGUCAUCAGGUUAAGCAAGCUUAUCUUGGUCAAAAUGCACAACUCUAUGCACAACUACUCAGUAUUGACCUAAACAAUCCAACUAUCAACUCACUCUUGUCUGAACUAGCUCAGAAAACGGAUGCUCAACUUGAACUGAAUGUCAACGAUGUAUUAGAAGAUACUUCUAUUGCUUUAUCUGAUGCUGUACUUGGUUAUCUUAAAGUACUAAAGAUGAUUCAUAGUCCAGAUAUUGAACAAGUGUUUGAGACCUAUGCAUCUUAUUAUAGUGCACUUAUUCCUGUGUUUUCAAGUGCAGAUACAUACUAUCAAGUACCACUGAUAAAGAACCUGUCGAGUUCUCUUGUUCAAUUAGCAUUUCAAGUAGAUCGAAUUGGGUUACGAGGAAAAGCACGUAAAGCCAAUACAGCAGCAAGACUUUUAUCUAAAGUAUUCAAUAUCAUGUUGGCAGACAGAUCCCCUAUAGAGACAUCCAAAAGACAAGGCAUAUUCCACAUUACGAAUCUAGCAUUUAAAGUCUACUUUAAAUUAAACUCGAUCCGUAUGUGUCAAACAUUCAUCAACAAUAUUCGAUCAGGCGAAAUUGAUUUAAGCCUUUAUCCCAUCAGUCAACAAGUGACCUAUAAAUAUUACAUUGGUAGAUAUGCACUUUAUCAUGGUAGACUAAAGCAGGCACAAGAAUGUCUAUUGUUUGCUUUCCAGAAAUGUCAUCCUGAUCAAUGGCAUAACAAGAGAAUGAUACUUCAUUAUUUGAUACCAACACGUAUCAUUCUUGGUUAUUUCCCUAAACAUGCCUUAUUAGAGACCUACAAUCUAGUGAAUCCUUACUUGAAUCUGAUUCAAUGUCUAAAAGUAGGUAAUAUACAAGGCUAUUUAGACCAUUUGGAGAUCCAUUUCAACUACUUUUAUCACCAUUUGACAUAUGUCCUUUUGAAAGAAAGAGGCAUUGUGCUUGUAUGGCGUUGUUUGAUCAGAAAUAUGUAUACACAGCUGGGUUCAACUGUACCUAUCAUUCAUUUUGAUCAUAUACUAGCAGCUAUUCAAUUUGCGACACAAAGUGACUAUGCAUUAGAAGAUAUAGAGUGUAUGCUUGUCUCUCUUGUCAGUCAAGGUUAUAUGCGUGGUUAUUUACAACAUCAGAAGCAACGUAUUGUACUCAGUAAAGUCAAUGCAUUCCCUCCUAUCUCUUCUGUCCGGCUUGUGGUUGAAAGAUACAACGAAUCCUUAAUUGAUGAACAUUUAGAUCAAGAACCACAUCCAUUGCCACAAGAAAUUAAGCAUAUCAUGGAAUAAAAAGAAUUUUUUUUUAUUAUUAUCAUUAUCGUUUUAAC